AAGUCAGUGUCGAACGAACAGUGCUCCAAAAUGGCAUCCCAACUAGCUUUCGGUCUUCUGCUAGCAUCACUACUCUGCUUCACAGCCAUCGAAGCUGCCGGAGAGGUCGCUCGAUACGACAACUAUCGGGUAUACCGAGUGACAACCGGAUCGGUGGACCAGCUUAAGGUUUUGAACGAGCUCAGGGAUUCCAGCGAUAGCUACAUCUUCCUGGAGAGUGGCCGCAAAGUGGGUGACCAUUCGGACAUUGUGGUGGCCCCUCACAAGCUUGCAGACUUUGCUGAAGUGUUGAAGAGUGAAGGGAUCAGCUUUCGGGUGCUCCAGAAGAACUUGCAGCGAUCGAUCGAUAUGGAAAAGAGUCGCAUGAGAUCGAGAAGGAGCGGUGGAUCUUUCGGUUGGGACGAGUUCUAUGGACUGGAGGAUAUCUACGACUGGUUGGAUAAGGUGGCUACACAGCACGAGCAGGUUGAGCUGAUCGAGGGAGGACACUCGUAUGAGAACCGCUCGAUCAAGGGUGUUAAAGUGUCGUACAAAUCUGGGAAUCCGGGAGUGUUCCUCGAGGGAGGAAUCCAUGCACGUGAGUGGAUCUCUCCAGCGACGGUGACCUACAUCCUGAACGAGCUGCUGACCAGUCAAGAUCCUGCUGUACGAAACAUCGCCGAGAACUACGACUGGUAUGUUUUUCCGAAUGCCAAUCCUGAUGGCUACGUCUACACUCAUGAGAAGGAUCGUAUGUGGCGUAAGACGCGUACGCCUUACUCCGGAGGAUGCUUCGGUGCUGAUCCGAACCGUAACUGGGGCUUCCACUGGGCUGAACAGGGAACAUCAAACCGUUGUUCGUCAGAGACCUAUGGUGGACCGAGCGCGUUCUCGGAAGUCGAGACCAAGACCCUGUCCAGCUACAUCGCUUCGCUCAAGGGAAAAAUCCAGGCCUACAUCGGAUUCCACUCGUACUCCCAGCUUUUGCUGUACCCGUACGGACACACUGGAGAGCACACGCCAAACCACGAUGACCUGACCGAGAUCGCUGAAGCUACCAUAACCUCGUUGGCCAAGCGAUAUGGAACCCACUACACGUACGGAAACGUCUACGAUGCCAUCUACCCUGCAAGUGGGUCCAGCGUGGACUGGGCAUACGGAACGCAGGACGUCAAAAUCGCAUACACCUACGAACUUCGACCCAGCGAUGACAGUUGGGAUGGAUUCGUGCUGCCACCGAGCCAGAUCAUUCCAACCGGAGAGGAAACGCUGGACUCGUUGGUGACACUGCUGGAGGAAACGGCCAAGCGGGGGUACUUCCAGAACUAGACUAGAGCUCGUGUGAUUCGUGCACUCGAAACGCUAUGACGGCAUCAUUGUGGUAGAAGAGAAUUGACGAGCAAUAAAGUUUGAAGUGGUUUUCUAAAUAA